AUGUCUCGCGCUCCCAAGCCUCCCCGCGCAUGCAUCGGCAACCCGUCGUUCCGGCCCCAAGAGGUCAUCAAGGACACGGCCUUGCAGAAGCAGGCGCUGCGUCUGCUAUCUACCAACGACCUCGCCGGCGCCAGCCGCCUCCUGCUCGGUCUCCCGGAACACGACGGCUACACAUACCACGCCACGGCAAGUGUCAGCCUGGCCGAGGCCCAGCAAGUCGUCGACCUGGGCGGCGUCAACGGCCUGCACACCUGGUACCGCGCCGAGGAUGGCUCUCCUAGAGAUCCCCCUCCGCAGCCCGACAUUGAGGCCUACAUCUCCAUCUUCAGCCCGUCGACGGCCACGGCCUCGGCCCUGAAGAACUUUGGCACCAAUGCCAAAAAGGCGUCCAUCCGCUCCGACGUGGCUGCCCACCUCAGUCAGACGCGAUACAUCCACCCCGCCCUGUCGUCCAGAUUGACGGUGCCCAAGUCCAGAGCACCGCCCUGCCAGAACCCCUACCUUGACUUUUGGACAUGGGCCUGUCGCAACUUGGAAUGGUGCGGCCCCUGCGAGUCGUCGGAGAGAGUGGCCACGAGCCAUCAUGUCCUGCCCAUCUUGAUGCACCACUUUGGCUGUGCCACCCCGUCCCACGAGAGUCUCGAGCUUCUCAAGACGCUGGCGGCCGGGCGAGCCGUGGCCGACGUGGGCUCGGGCAAUGGCUACUGGGCCUUUAUGCUGCGCUGCUACGGCCUGACGGUGCAUGCCGUCGAUAGCAUGCAGAGCGAGUGGAGGGUCAACUGGGUCGACGACACCGUCAUCAUGGACGGCACAAGGUGGCUGCGCAACAACGCCCACGGCAAGGACCUGGUUCUGCUCCUCGUGUAUCCCGUCGUUGGCCCGGCCGACGGCACCUUUACUCGCAGCCUGGUCGAGAGCUACCGGGGAGACACGAUUGCCGUGGUUGGGACGCAGAACGGCAACGGAUACACGGGCUUCCGGAGCAUGACAAUGGACCAGUACAUGGCAAGGGAGCACAGGGAAUGGACAAGGGUUGUGCAGAUUCCCUUGCCGAGCUUUGCGGGCAAGGAUGAGGCUCUAUUUGUCUUUCAGCGAGGCCAUCGGGCGCCGCGGGAGGAGGCGGCUCAAUGA